CCCCCCUCUUCUCCUCACCGUCGCGCCGUGAAGUGGAUGUUUUGGUGAAAAAAUACUGGGUCGAAAAGGGACAUAAACACGUUUUAAACAUGACAUUUCGAUCGAGUGGGACUUAAAGCGGUGUAGCAGGGGAAAGAGGGACGUCUUCGGCGAAGGUUGCGGUUUAUCUGUAUAUCGUAUUCUUCCGCAUGUCCGCUUUCUUCGUAGAUGGUCUCCGGCGAGCGUUGUCUGGCGGUGGACGACGAGUUCUCGACGUGUAAUAUGAAGGAGAUGAUCGGAGGUUGCUGUGUUUGCUCAGACGAGAGAGGCUGGGCGGAAAACCCGCUUGUCUACUGCGACGGACACGGCUGCAAUGUCGCCGUGCAUCAAGCCUGCUAUGGCAUCGUGCAGGUGCCCACUGGUCCUUGGUUCUGCAGAAAGUGUGAAUCUCAGGAGAGAGCAGCCCGCGUGAGAUGUGAGCUGUGUCCCCACAAAGAUGGAGCCCUCAAGAGGACAGACAACGGAGGCUGGGCCCAUGUGGUUUGUGCCCUUUACAUACCUGAGGUAGAAUUCGCCAAUGUCUCAACUAUGGAGCCCAUAGUACUCCAGUCUGUGCCACAUGAGCGCUACAACAAGACAUGUUAUAUCUGUGAGGACCAGGGCAGAGAGAGCAAAGCAGCCACUGGAGCCUGCAUGACCUGCAACAAACAUGGCUGCAGACAGGCCUUCCAUGUCACAUGUGCCCAGUUUGCGGGGUUGUUAUGUGAAGAACAAGGCUCAGACGCAGACAAUGUCAAGUACUGUGGAUAUUGCAAAUACCACCACAGCAAACUGCGAAGGAGCAGGGGCCGUGGUAGUAGGUCUCAAAGCUUAAGUGACUCUUCCACUCAGUGUAUGGAUAGACCUCCAGACGAGGACAAGAAGAAACACAAGGAGCGGGACAGACACAAACCAAAACACAAGAAGACCAUGGACAUGUCGCCCUCCCUCGUCCUUCCAAACAUCAUGGUCCCUGACAAGACCUACAACAGCAGCGCAGUGGGAGGUGUCACCUCUCUGCCAGCGCCCUCACAGAAGCGAAUGGACGACGGCACCGCCCGCUUCACCAACGCCAACUUUCAGGAAGUGUCGUCCACUCACUCUGGCGGCAAUUCCAAGGACGGCUUGGCUGCCGACGCUGGGAGGGCAGCGUCUGAGGUGAAGAACAAGAAGAACAGUGGUGGAAGUCAUGCGGUGGGACCGAGGGGCGGCCGCAAGUCUCUCACAUCCUCAGGGAAACCCCUCCCCUCCGCUGUGGUCACCAUGGCAACCUCCUCCACAUCUGCCUCUGCUUCCACUGGGCCUUUCCACCAAGGCCUCCUGUUGACCAGUGCCAGCAAGACACCCUCUGCUCCUUCCUCCUCAGACUUCCUAAGCUUCUCAGAUUCAUCGUUGCGUCCCGGGGGUGGAACAACCUUCUCCUCCCCACCGUCUUUCAGCAGCUGCCUUGUGAAGCCGAGCUCGGAGGGUGGAGCUUCAGAGGGAACUACGACACUCUUCGGUUCCCUGAUGUCCGCCACUACAGCUUCUGCAGUGGGCGGGAAGCUGUAUGAGAAUUCCCACAGUCACACAGCUAGUGAGAUGACAAGCCUCGGUGGGUCUGCUGGCUACAAACGGUCUCAACCCUCCAGCUCAGGGACGGGGAUCGGAGGAGCAGCGGCAGGAGGAGGGGAAGACGGGGUGAAGAAGAAAAAGAAGGGCAACUGGCGAAACAGAUUUGGACCUUGCUUCACCACAGACGUGAAGCCUUCAGAGGCAGCUCCCUCAUUGACUCUGCCCACCUCCUCCACGGCCAACACCUCCUCCUCCACCGCCUCCCCAUCUUCCUCCUCAUCCUCGACGCUCUCAGGCCGGCCGGGCUUAGUUUCCAGCAGUGGAUUAGGAGUGGGGGUCGGGGGAGGAGGAGGGGAGAGGGGGCUGGGGGUCAUGGGUGUCAGCGGUGGGAUUCAGAAGUCCCCGUCACUCCUCAGGAAUGGGAGUCUGCAAAGCAACAGCGGCUCCGCAACCACUGGGACAGGUGUCUUUUCUGGUGUGGAUGGGUCAUCGUCGGCGACGGGAGCUGUCGCCGUGGGUGUGGCCGGCUCUGAGUUGUCCCAGCAACAGCAGCCCACGCCUUCACUAGCCCCUCCCUCUCCAUUCACUGCCACCGCACCACUAACCAGCACAGCCUCCACACACGUGAGCGGCCUGCCAGGGUCCGUCUUCAACCUCGCUCCCUCCCACAUGUUUGGUAACAGACUGAACCCCAACUCGGCCAUGGCAGCACUCAUCGCCCAGUCUGAGGCCUCACCAGCAGAUCAGGAGGUGGGAGACGGCGGUGUCGGAGCUCAGGGCUUCUCCAUAAGAGCUUCUCCCAAGACCACCCCGCGCUCUCCCAUUGGUGGCCUGCAGAUCCGCUAUGACUCCUCGGGGUCGUUGCCGGGGCCGGGGUUGCUAGGGGCGGGGGGAGGCGGCGGUGGCGAGACGUUGCCCCCGGUGGCCACCAGCAUAGAGCAGCUCCUGGAGAGGCAGUGGAACGAGGGGCAGAGCUUCCUGCUGCAACAGGGAGCGCAGGGAGACGUGGUGGGCAUGUUGAAAUCCCUUCACCAGCUGCAGGAGGAGAACAGGAGGCUGGAGGAGCAGAUUAAAACUCUGACCAUGAAGAAAGAGAGACUGCAGCUUCUCAGCGCUCAGCUAUCAGUGCCUUUCACCCCCACCACGGCCUCCUCUGAUGUGAAAGGAGCCCACCUUGGAGCCACUGACUCAUCUUUACCUGUGGCAGCUCAGGACAGUGCGUCAUGUGGCGGCCACAGCAGUAGUGGCUCCACCUCGUCUCUCUCUACCCCUCCCUCCGUCUCCCAGAGCCCGCCCCAGCCACAGCUGAACGGCGUCGCCGCCGUGGGGACGGCCCCCACCGGGCUGGGCGGGGUGGCGGGGCUGAUAGGCGCUCUGGGUGCAGGGAGCGCGCUUGGCAUGGGAGGAAUUGUCGGGGCGUUGAACGGGGUGAUCCAGACGCCGGCGGGCACCGCCAGCCCUCACACACACACUACAGGAGCAUCUACGGGCGUCACAUUGCCUGUUAAUAAUAGCAGCUCAGCAACUAGUAAGAACAGCGCUGCGCGGCUCGGGCUGCUGUCUGAGCAGCACAGACUCCUCCUGCAGCAGCAGCAGCUCCAGCAGCUGCUGUCCUCACAGCCUUCAGCGGAGCAGCAGCAGGUGCUGCUCUACCAACUGAUGCAGCAGCAGCAGGACCUCCAGCAGCUGCAGUCCCUCUCCUCCUCUGCCCAGAUUCCCUCCAUCCCGCUCUCCUCCGCUCAGCUGCCCAUCAACAACCUGCUGCCCGGCGCCCAGAGCCAGGGCCAAGGCGCCAUCACCGCCAACCCCUUCCUGGCGCUGCAGCACGCACACGCCGACACGCACGCCUCGGGGGCACAGAAGCCGCGGCUAGCCGAGAAGGCCGUGGGCGUCGCAGGGCAGGAGAAGACAUGACAGCCGAUGCUUUUUUUGGUUUUUUUUUGGUUGCUAGUUGUUGUUGUUGUUUUUUAAAUAAAUAUGCAGCAUUUUCGGGAGAUCAGCCUGUUGGUCAACUUUGUAGUUCAGCAAUGAGAACGUUGGCAGCAGAGGAAUCUGUGUUCCUGGUAGGUUAUUCUGUGGCAAGUGAUGGCGUUCAUUUGCAGCCUCUAACUCACUCUAGUUGACCUUUCCAGGUUUAUUUUUGCAACUUUUUCAGGUUACAGUCUUAACACAGCAUUUUGUGUUCAUUUGUACUAUUUAUUUCCAUCCAAUUUUUUACUUUUUGGUUGUUGUUUUUUUUACUUUUUAGCUUUAGUGCUGCUUCAGGUUCUUAUUUUGUCACUGUUAAUGAUUUUCAUUUGAUAUCACUGGUAGCAACUUAGUGCGUUAGUGUCAGUAAAUAAGCACACGGUGUGUCCGUUCUCUUUAAACAGGUGAGUUGACUAACAGGUCGGCUUUUCCUUUAAUUAGCUUCUCUCGCUAUUUUCCUCUCUAAUUUCACUCUGCUUCUUCUUCACAUUUCUUAUUCUCUUGUUACUGUGUCAUGAUUUUUUUUUUGGUGUGUAUGUGUGUGUCAUUUCCUCUCUUUCCACCUUUCUCUCACUGCUUUCUCAUCCUCCACACUCGCAUCCCUCUCGGUCUGGUCUCUCUGCUGUCUCACUCUCUCAGGGGCUUCAGCUAUCACAGUUGUGCAAUCGGCACACGAGCUGGCACACACACACACAACUACAAGUGCAAAAAGAAAAAUAGCAGAAAUACACGAAUAUACAAAAGAAACUACAAUUCCCUACCACAGGACUUAACAGAAGCAGAUGUAUGUUUGACAUCUGUCCCGAGGGAAAUAGUGGGUAAGAGGCUUGUGAAAAUAUCCCACAUGUUCUCGCUGUUGCCUCUCUUCCCAUGUCUCUUUUCAUUCUGUUUGUGUAGAUCCAUUAAUGUCAGAGAGCCAAGCCUCAUGCAGUCACCGCAGAAGCCUUGCUUUUGACUGUCUCUUCUCUGGGCCAGAUACAGGGGGCUCACUCAGGGAAGUGAAAUAGGAAAAAAAAACAAAAAACAAAGCAGCCAGUUGAAUGUUCAGAGGGAUGCAUUAGUCCACAAGGCACAGACUCACAGAGAAAUUAUGCAGUUGGUUGUCAGCACGUGGAAGUCAUUGCAUUUCAUCCUCCUGAUUGAGCCCCCCGCAUGCACCUACCUCUCGACCAGGACCAGCCUAUCAGGACCUAACAGGCCGACAGCAGCGGCCGCUAAAAACCCACAACAGUCAGGACUGGCCAAUCAGGGUCCAAACCCAAGUGCCUGAGGCCAAGGGAGGGGAAGGUGGGAUUAACUUUCCUUUUACCUGUGUCCCUGUCACUCAGCCCAGUUCUUCACAACUCUACUAGUAAUUAAGCUGCGUUGCUAAGGCAACAGAUUACAAAAAGACUUGGUGACGUCAGACUGGACGAGCCGCCUCUUUAAUUAAACCAGGAAAUAUUCUGCUGCAUUCUCUAAUAUCAAAGCCAACUUUGUAUUGUGCUUUUUAUUUAUUGGGAGUUUGUUUGUGUAAUGGGCAUAAAUGAUAUAUUUUAAAAAGCCUGCUGGUGUUGCAGUUUAACAUCAUUUUGUACUACUGUGUAAAGCUUUGUUCGUCUUUUUGUUUUUCUCAUACAGUCGAAACUUGCUGUAAACCCUUUUAAUGACUUCUAUUCUGUGUUGUGUUUGGAAGCUAGAAGCUACUUGAUAGUUGGCUUAUAGGGGAGGGGCUGUGGCUGUACAUAGCUGUUUGUAGGGGGGAGGAAGUGUGUCAGGGGGGCGUUCAGUGGCACAGUUUUUACCUCGUUAAGUGUACAUAGACCUUUCUCAUUGGCCGUUGGUGUACAUAAGUGAUUGUGAUUGGCCGUGCUGGUGUGAAGGAGAGCCAAUGAAGCCUCAGUUUGUGUGUGUGAAUCUUUAGGACCAGACAAAAAGGUUGACAGUGACUGGACACACAAAGUAUUAAUUUAUUUUUAUAUGUUCAGGGACAUUGUGUGUCUUUUUAAGUUUUGCACCAUUUUCUUGAUGAGUCAAGUCAUUUUAUACUUGGGGCACCGUGUUUUCAUCUGUGCACACCUUUGGAUCAAUUUUGUACAAAUGGAAAAUAACGGGGGAAAAAUUUGACAUUGUAUUUCAGAACACCAAAAUAAAGAAACACUAUGGAUAAAGUAACAAGA